CACCACCUAACGAACGCCUCUUCAAACUACUCUACACCACACCACUUACACACAUCCACCCACCAUGUCCAUAGCUCCGCUGCUGACGUUCAAGGCCGGCAAGUGCGACGUCGACUCGAGCUCCCAGCCAUGGAAGGUCAAGUCUGUCCCGACGCCCGGCUACAUCUAUCUCUACAUCGGCGAUGAGCUCGUGCACUUUUGCUGGCGGCCGCGCUCCGCCUCGGUCAACGACCCGGAGCUCGACCUGCUCAUGAUCCCCGGCGACGCUUCCUUCACCCCCUACACCGGCCAAGAGAACAGCGAGUCAUCCGACGAUCUCCGGUCGCCCACCGACGGCCGCAUCUUCGCGCUCAAGUUCACUUCCAGCUCGCAACGGCACCUGUUCUGGCUGCAAUCCAAGAGCCAGCACCCGCAGGGCGACGCGAGCUGGUUCAGCCCGCGGGACCAGAAGCUCGGCCAGAUCGUGGACAUGCUCCUGUCGGGCGAGGAGAUUGACGUUCACGAUGAGCUUCGCCAGGUCCAGAACCAGCCGCGCGGCGGCGGCAGCGAUGAUGCGGAGAUGGAGGACGCGCCGGGCCCCGACCACAGGCAGGGCAGCGGCGGCGCCGGUGCCGGCGCCACUGGCGGGGAUGUCAGAGACGAGGGCGAGGAGUCCAGAGAAGGCGGUGCCGAUGGUGGACGAGCACCGAACGAUGCCUCAGCCAUCGUGCAAAACUUCCUGCAAUCUCUGCAAGGCGGCGGCAACGCGGCGGGAGGCUCCUCAGGCGAAGGGCAGCUCUUCACGACGCUGGCGGACCUGCUCCCGUCGAGCACGACGAUCCCGGUGAUCGACACGGCCGACAGCAAGUUCAUCGACACACUGCUGCUGAACCUGCCGGCGACGAUCCUGCUGCAGGCGCAAGAAGCCGACGACGCGGCGUCGGCGGAGCCGACCUCGGAGACGGCGCAGGCGGCCAUCGCCGCCAUGAGCCUGCCCCAAAAGAAGGACAUUCUCCGCCGCGUGCUGCGCAGCCCGCAGUUGGCGCAGAGCUUGCAGAGCUUGACGGUCGCGCUGCGCGAUGGUGGCUUGCCGAGUGUGAGCGAGGCCCUGCGCGUCAAGGUCGAGAAUGGCGGGUUUAUGCGCAGGGGUGGCGUGCCGCUUGGUGGUGGCGAGGCGGUCGAGGCGUUCUUGAACGGGGUUAAGAAGACGGUGGAGGAAGAGGGGAAGGGCAAUGAGGGUGGAAGAAUGGAUGUCGAUUAGAGUGUUGGUGGGGAGGUCUGCGUGUGUAGUGUGGACGGCUGUGGGUUGCAUUUGUAUAGCUGCUGGCUCUGCCUGAUAGGGCUAAGUAUAUGAAUGGGAUUGGGUUUGUUGAAGGGGGUUCUGCGUCGAUUGUGAUGGAAUUUCAGGGUAAGAUUGUUCUGCUACGGUAAUUGGGGUCUCGAAUUGGGCCCACCCGAUCUAUUACUAUAUUGCAGGUUUUUUCUAUUUCAGCUUACGGGAUCUAGUUUUGAGAUUGAUAAAUAUUUAUCCCUAUCCCUGCGUCACACAGCGGAGAAGCCUGCCGCAAAAUAGUACGAGUGACAGGCGGCGAAAGGAUACCUUUGUUAAUGUCAAAUGCCAAG